UCGGUCUUUGCUAUAUUUCCUCCCCAGCUGGUAAGGGUGGACCUGAGCUCAGCCCCUGCUGAGCCACCUCCUCCUUUAUUCCUGCUGGACUGGUAACAACUUCUCAAAAAUUCUGCUGCUGCUGGAUGAAGCACCCAUGGGUGAGAGGCUGUCUGCUCGCGCUGGGCUUGGGACUGCAGAGGUCGUCCUCAUCCUAGCAGGGCUGUGUGCAUCAAGUCCUGCCCAAAUAAGACUUGUGAAUGGCCCUGACCCCUGCACGGGGCGACUGGAGGUGUUUUACAAUGGCACCUGGGGGACGGUGUGUGACGACCACUGGAGCCUCGCGGAAGCCCGUGUGGUGUGCCGGCAGCUGGGCUGUGGGAUGGGCCUGUCUGCUGUUGGCGGGGCUCGGUAUGGGCGAGGAGAAGACCCCAUCUGGCUGGACAAUGUGCAGUGCAGCGGGACAGAAGCUGCUCUUUCUGAGUGCCGGGCACGGCCCUGGGGAGAUCACAACUGUGGGCAUGGGGAAGACGUCAGCAUUGUGUGCUCGGGGGCACCUGCUCCAAGUCUGACCCGUGCCAGGCUGGUGAGUGGCUCUGGCCCCUGCUCGGGCAGAGUGGAAGUCUUCCAUGACAGCAGAUGGGGCACCGUGUGUGAUGAUGGCUGGAACCUGCUGGAUGCUGAGGUGGUGUGCAGGGAGGUGGGCUGUGGCUCAGCUCUAUCAGCUCCGCCUGGCGCUGCCUUUGGGCAAGGGGCAGGACCCAUCUGGCUGGAUGAAGUGACCUGUGCUGGGACAGAGGCUUCCCUUUCUCUGUGUCAGGCCAGUUCCUGGGGAAGUCAUAAUUGCAAGCAUAGUGAGGAUGCUGGUGUUGAAUGCUCAGAACCAACUCAAGUACGUUUGGUGAAUGGCUCCAGCCAUUGCUCAGGGAGAGUUGAGAUCCACCACAACCAGCAGUGGGGGACAAUUUGUGAUGAUGGCUGGGACCUGAGAGAUGCAGAGGUGGUGUGCCGGCAGCUGGGCUGUGGGAUGGCCGUGUCAGUCCCUGGCAAGGCUCACUUUGGGCAAGGACACGCUCCCAUCUGGCUGGAUGAGGUGAACUGCACAGGGACAGAAGGUGCCAUCACAGAAUGUAGAUUGGAGCCCUGGGGGGAACACAACUGCAAUCACAACGAAGAUGCUAGCGUUGUGUGUUCAGAGCCCACAGAACUGCGGCUAGUGAAUGGCCCAAAUCGCUGUGCUGGGCGGGUGGAGGUGCUUCACCACCAGCAGUGGGGCAGUGUGUGUGACAAUCACUGGGACAUGGAGGAUGCCAAAGUGGUGUGUCGGCAGCUGGGCUGUGGUGCUCCAAUCUCUGCUCCAGGCUGGGCCAAGUUUGGCAGAGGCUACGAUCCCAUCUGGCUGGAGAAAGUGACCUGCUCGGGGACUGAGGCUGCCCUUAGUGAGUGCGAAGCCCAGACAUGGGGAGUCCACAACUGCCACCAUGGGGAAGACGCCAGUGUGGUGUGCUCAGAACCAGAGGUGGUUCGGUUGGUGAACGGCCCAAGCCGCUGUGCUGGGAGAGUUGAAGUCCUUGAGCAGCGCCAAUGGGGGACAGUGUGUGAUGAUGCCUGGGACCUGCGUGACGCAGAAGUGGUGUGCUGGCAGCUGGGCUGUGGGACAGCAACUUCAGCUCCAGGCUUGGCUUACUUUGGCCAGGGAUAUGGUCCCAUCUGGCUGGCCAAGGUCAACUGCACGGGGACAGAAGCUGCCCUCUCCAAGUGCAGGGCCAGGCCCGAAGGAGUCCACCUCUGCCACCAUGGAGAAGAUGCUGGUGUGGUGUGCUCAGAGCCUCCUGAGGUCCGGCUGGUGAACGGCUCCAACCGCUGCUCUGGGAGAGUCGAGGUGCUGCAUAACCAGCAAUGGGGAAGUGUGUGUGAUGAUGACUGGGACCUGGAUGAUGCACAAGUGGUGUGCCGGCAACUGGGCUGUGGUACAGCUAUCUGGGCUCCACGUGCAGCUCGGUUUGGGCUGGGGAAUGACCCCAUCUGGCUUGAUGAUGUGAACUGCACAGGCUCAGAGGCUGCCCUCUCUGAGUGCAGGGCCAGGCCAUGGGGUGACAACAACUGUAACCACCGAGAAGAUGCCAGUGUGGUGUGUGCAGGACCACUCCAGCUCCAGCUGGUGAAUGGCUCCAGCCGCUGCUCUGGGAGGGUCGAGGUUCUUCACAACCAGCAGUGGGGGACUGUGUGUGAUGACGGCUGGGACCUGAGAGAUGCAGAGGUGGUGUGCCGGCAGCUGGGCUGCGGGAUGGCCGUGUCAGCUCCAGGCUCAGCUGAGUUUGGGCAGGGCUCCAGCCACAUCUGGCUGCAAGGUGUUGAGUGCACAGGGACAGAAGCUGCCCUCUCUGAAUGCAGCUCCAGGAUGGGGCAACAGAGUUAUUGCAACCAUGGUAAAGAUGCUGGUGUUGUGUGCUCAGAUCCUGUGGCACUACGACUGGUGAAUGGCUCGAGUUUCUGCGCUGGGAGAGUCGAAGUGCUCCACAAGCAACUGUGGGGAACCGUGUGUGAUGACGGCUGGGACAUGAAUGAUGCUGCAGUCGUGUGCAGGCAGCUGGGCUGUGGGGUGGCAGUCUCAGCCCCUGACAGAGCUUGGUUUGGGCGAGGGCAUAUUGCCAUCUGGAUGGAUGACGUGAACUGCACAGGGGGGGAAGACAACCUCUUGGAGUGCCUGGCCAAACCAUGGGGGGAACACAAUUGUGACCACGGGGAAGAUGCUGGUGUGGUGUGCUCAGGCUAUGCUUCAAUCACACCAUCACAGACUCUGCCACUGCUCCCAUUGCUGGUCUCAGUCAUUUGUCCAGUGUUGAUACUGGUCUGUGGGGCUGUUCUGUGCCUGAAGAGGAGGCAAAUGCGAAAUAGGACUUCUAGUCCCUCUCCAGGCUUUGUACACAUGGACCAGCUGGCUGACAUGUCCACCUAGAUGCCUGGAGCAGAGCAAGUGGAGGCAAAGGAGUCUCACGCUGAUGAUGCCAGCAACAAGUGAGCUCAGUUCCUGUGACCAUCCCAGAUACAAGACUCCAGCUGAUGCAGCUCCAUCCCAGUGC